UUUUAUUUCCUGCUACCAGGAAAAGCUUGAGAGACGUCGUCAGAUGCCCUACCAUAUGCACAUAAAUCUUGAACUACUUGAGGCCACCCACUUGAUCUGCGCCAUGCUUCUUGAGGUCCCCAAUAUGGCUUCUAAUAGCCAUGACUCUAAGCGCAAGAUAAUUAGCAAGACAUUCCGUCGGCUCCUUGACGGAAGUGAGAGGCAAACAUUUGUUGGCCCCCCUGAGAAUGUCCGAGACCAUGUCAUGGCUGCCACCAGAGCCCUAAACAAGGGAGAUCACCACAAGGCCUUUGAUGUUAUCAAAUCUCUUGACAUUUGGAAGCUCCUUAGAAACCGGGAGGCUGUGCUCGACAUGCUUAGCACAAAGAUCAAGGAGGAGGCUCUUCGAACCUACCUGUUUGCUUAUUCCUCGUUUUAUAAAUCCCUUAGUCUUGACCGGGUUACUGCAUUAUUUGGUCUUUCUGAUGCCCAUGCUCACAGCAUUAUUAGCAAGAUGUUGGUCAUAGAGGAGCUUCAUGCCAGUUGGGAUCAACCAACAAAGUGUAUUGUGUUCCAUGGAUUUGAGCAAACAAGGCUGCAGGAUCUCUUGUUCCAGAUGGCGGAUAAGGUCAGCAUCCUUGCUGAAAUGAAUGAAAAAGCCUUUGAGGUUAGGACUGGUGGUGGACUUGAUGGACUGCCUCCACGACGGAGGGGUGAGGGACAGGAACUUGGUGGCUCAGCAGUUUCUGGCAGGUGGCAGGAAAAUUUUCUCUCUGCAUCUCAAGGAAGAAGCCGAGCUGGUUAUACGAGCUCCAGGUCUGGGGGACAAGUGGCAGUAGGAUUUCCCAAGGAAAAGGGUGUGGCGGGACAGCGAAUUGGUGCUGGUGGUUAUUCCAGCUCAAGGUACCAGGAUGCUUAUGGUAGUAGUACUGGAGGGAGGGCGACAUACCAGAGCGGCUCAUCUGCAAGAGGUUCACAGAUUGAUGGUGUUGGACGUAUGGUCAGCCUCAACAAGGUUGGUAGAAUUUAUUAGGUUUUAGGAAGUUCAAUGGUGUAGGAGACCGGCUGGCUUGAGAUUUGAGUGAUUCGAAGUCCUCUGAACUGUUUUUGCCUCCUUGAUAUUAUUAUUCAUAUAAUCCUUGUAUGUUUCUGUUGCUACUGUAGUCUUUGCUGCGUAAAUUGAAAUUGUAUCCGGACAUUAACUUUUAUGUUGUUUCAUAUGUAACCUGGAGAACGGAGGAGUUCCAUUCUUUGCUUCCAAUAGGUCUGUUUAUACUUA